AUGGGCGGGGGGAGCGCGAUCGUCCACGGCUUCCGCCGCUGGUUCCACCGUCGGAACGGCUCCACCUCCGGCUCCAACCAGUCGUCCGUCGCCGGCGAGGGGGACGACGGCUCGUCCGAUCUCGAGGUCAUCGAGGACCCGGAUCUCGUCGGCCUCCGCGCCAUCCGCGUGUCCAAGCGCAAGAUGCCGCUGCCCGUCGAGAGCCACAGGAAGAUAUGCUCCUACUGUAGUUGUAGUACGGUGCUCUCGUCUUGCGUCGUCAAACUUCAGUUAGCUAUAUAUAUCUCGGCAAUUGCUGGCAUCGUCCCGCGUUAUACUGAUCCUGAGGAACUCUUUUCCAAGUUGCCCACUUGUGUUUUUGAUGAUCUGACCAGCCGACCAGGGCACCGGGCUUCUAAUAAGAUUCGAAAUGAGAAGGCCAGGAGAUACUUGAGCUGCAUGCGGAAAAAAUAUCCCGUGCCCUUUACUCAUAAAUUUCGAAAUGCUGAUCCUUUGGCUCUUCGUCUUCUAGAGCGUUUACUUGCAUUUGAUCCUAAAGAUCGGCCUACUGCAGAAGAGGCUCUAGCUGAUCCAUACUUUGCAUCCCUUGCUAAUGUGGAACGUGAGCCAUCAAGACACCCAAUUUCUAAACUUGAGUUUGAAUUUGAAAGAAGGAAGCUGGCCAAAGAUGAUGUUAGAGAAUUGAUCUAUCGAGAGAUUUUGGAGUAUCAUCCACAGAUGCUGGAGGAGUACAUGAAAGGUGGAGAGCAGAUUAGCUUCCUCUAUCCAAGUGGAGUUGAUCGGUUCAAACGGCAGUUUGCACAUCUUGAGGAGCAUUAUAGCAAAGGAGAAAGAGGUUCUCCACUGCAAAGAAAGCAUGCUUCUUUACCAAGGGAAAGAGUGGUUGUAUCGAAGGAUGGUAAUACUGAGCAACAUAUUAAUGACCAGGAGAGAAGUGCAGAUUCUGUCGCCCGCACUACUGUGAGCCCUCCAAGGUCAGAAGAUGUUGACAUGAAUGAUGUGAAAUCCACAAGCUUAAGCUCUCGGAGCUACCUGAAGAGUGCAAGCAUAAGUGCUUCCAAGUGCGUCGUUGUCACAAAUAAACACCCAGAGGUAAUGCUGAACUGCCUGAAUUCAACUGGUGGCAAGUAG